CGAUUGCUACUACUUUUCAAGUUUCUCAUCUACUACCACUUUCCUUGUUCCUAGUCAUAAAUCUUCACUAAACAAACCCCCACCUCCCCCCCUCUCUCUCUCUCUCUCAUGACGCAAAUCUGUACGUAGCUGCGUAGCAAGGGACCUCUUCUUCUAGCUUCUUGUUCCAAUUUCAUGCCUCAUCACUACUUUUCAACUCGAUAUCUCCGUAUUCUUUGUAUCCUUGUCAGCUUAUUAGAUUCUUCUGUAUAUGGGACACUCAUAUAUAUAGCAUAUAAGGACUCUUUCUAUUCCCUCUAGACGUCCUGCAUAUUUGUCAAAAUGAAAGACCAGGCCAGAAGGAAACACAGUCAAUUCAGACACACUCAAUCAAAUCGGUAGCAACAGAGAUACCUCUUAGCCUCCGGCCUCCGGCCUCCAUUGUGCGUAUCUGUAUAUGGACACUGCGUUCGAGCUCGAUGAAGGUUCUCGCGCCAAUUUUCUUAAGCUAGUUAUGCAGUCGAUUAGUUGCUCUUACAUUUGCUUAUGGCGGUCUUUUUUUCCCAACUGUUUAUUGUUUUUUGAUGGUGUUUAUGAUGAAGAAAACCGACCCGCCAGCUCUUCGUCUUCUGGAGUUAGUCUAGCUCGGAGGCUUUUCGAUGAGUAUCGACGGUCAAUGAUCCCAAUCGUCCAAAAUGAAUGUGUUCCAGGAUUCGCUUUCAGAAAUAGCCUUGCCUAUGUAGAGCUACAAGAAACGGACCUCCAAAGACUGGCAUCAGUUCAAAUUCAGAAUCAAUUCUAUCAGGAAGCAAGAAUUAAGACUGCAGUUUUCAUGGGGUGCAAGAGUGGAGAGAUUGAACUAGGAUUCUCCAAUGUGUCUCAAAUGAACGUAAAGAAAGAACUGAUCAUGAGAAGCUGGAUGCUGGCAGAAGCUUUCUCUAAAUCCCAAUUUUCUCCACGUACAGUUGAAGUAGUUAGGGCAAAUACUGAGCAGCAAAACCAACUUUCAUCAUCUACCUCAUCUUUGAGAUCGCCAUCAACCAUGGAUAGCCCCGAAUAUUCGUCCCUCAUCUUCAACACUAUUCAAGCAUCUACUGCUACUACUUCGCUCCAUAUCCCAUCUGAUCAAGUACUCUUUACUAAUACAAACUUUACUUCAUUAUUCCAACCAACUGUAUCACCAACUACAAACAUUAUUAGUAGUACUAGUACUAGUAGUAGUAGUCCUCAUCAACAAACCAUGCAAGCAAUUUCUCGAAUUCGAGGGAAUGUCCAAUUACCAGCUCCUGAAUUCGAAGAUGCUGAGAUUACAAGAGCCAUCCUUGCUGUCCUGACUUCUCCUUCUUCUUCCCCUUCUCCUCCUUUUUCUGUAUCUCCACACCAAUCAGUAACUCGAGCAUUGAGUAGUGAUUCGGCUCCUAGUCCUAGUCAUCAUGGCCUGCUUAACCCGAAAGCCGGCAGUGCUUUCAAGAAUUACAUCUCAUCGCCAUUGGCCCCAAGAACACAAAUGAAAGGCGCUGCUAAUUUAGGAGUGCGUAAGCAAACUAUGGUGAAGCGAUCGAUUUCCUUCUUGAGAAGCUUAAAUCUAAUGAGAAUUCGCGAUCAAGGUAUGCAGCAAGCUGCAACCCGCCCCACGACCAGUCAGUUGCAUCAUAUGAUAUCUGAGCGCAAAAGGCGUGAGAAACUCAACGAAAGCUUUCAUUCUUUAAGAUCCCUACUUCCUCCUGGAACCAAGAAAGACAAAGCAUCGGUGCUUACAACUGCAAGGGAUUACUUAACUAGUUUAAAAGCUCAAGUUGAUGAGCUUAGCAAGCGAAACCAGCAGUUAGAGGCAGCUGCAAAGCUUAAAACUAAAGAAGAAGAAGAAAAAGAUCCAGAAGAAGAUCAAGAAGAAGUGGAAGCAGCUGCCUCCUCGUCCACCGAAAGAGUUAGUGUUACACUUACGCAUGUAUCUAGUUCGAGCACAGAUCAAGAUCAUCAAAUUAUUGCCCUGCAAGUAAUGGUGAGAUCAGGAGAAUGUUCGACCGAAGAUAUAGUAAUUAGAAUCUUGGAAUUCUUGAAGCAAGUAAAGAACAUGAGCUUGAUGUCCAUGCAAGCGAGUACUAGGAAAACAGAAUUGCAUCCCAAUAUCAACCGCGUGGUCUUGAUAUUAAGAGUUAAUGAUCAGGCGAACGAAUGGGACAAGUCUGCCUUCCAGGAAGCAAUCAGAAGGGUCGUUGCUGACGUGACAUAUAAAUAAUUGGAAUUUUUCUUGUAGAAUUUUUGACUCGUCAAGAUUUUGAUAUGUGUAUGGCUUUGUUCUUCGGAUGAGAAUCCUCUCUUGAUUUGAAAAUGCCUGAGUUUUUUCCUGAUAUUUUAAGACAGAAUGAGAUGGUGACACGUGGAUUUAUCGAAUCCAAUGGUCUACAAUUCCAAUUCAUCUCCUUUGGUUUCUUCUUUCUUCUCUGUAAUUAGAAAAAAAAUCCAUUCC